GUUUGUAUUUCUCGGAUCUGACGUUGACAGGGAAGUUCGACAAAUGAGCUGUCAGACAACAACAAACUCAUGGCGAGGAGCGACCCAGACCAAACAGAUGAAACGUGUACUUUUUGUUGGAUAGCUAAUGGUCAAGACGAAGAAACUGAAAUCCUUAAAAAGGUAGGACCCUUUUAAACACAUAAACUAUCUGAAGUUCGCUUCAGGUCAAUGCGAUGGACGACACCCGGCUUUGUGUAGUUUUGAUAGAGAUUGGAAAGAGAAGUCUAUUGGAGUGUUAUAGAUAUUUAUGACUUUUUUGGAAGUAGAUCUUUAAGAAUUGACCACAUAAAGGCCAAGAUACUAUCUUAUGAAACAAUAUGUCCUCGAUAAAUGCAUGUCCAUUUGCUGGAUGCUCACUCUGUCUGUUUAUCUCCCCUUACUCUCUUCAUUAGUCUCCUCAAAUAAAGCCCCCAGGUACUUUGUUCUUCUGUUAUUUUACCUAAUUUGUUGCUGUUUAAAGCCAGCAUGAUGCUACAUCUUGCUGACCUGAAACAUUCUGCUUGCCUGCCAACUUGUACUAUGAUAGCAUGAUUUACUUUGCCACCAAAACAUGAAGUUAACUCCCCUUUUCUUUGAAAAAUACUAAUGUAUGAUUCAUAUUCAUACUAAUGAUAGUUCAAAUAAGUGCUGUCCUUAAAAUUGUUGUUACCUAUGUGUUGAAAUAUGUGUUUCAAUUUUGACUCUUCUCUUCCAUCAGUCCAAAGACCUGGUGUGUUUCAGAGACAUUGUCCCUGCAGCUCCUCACCAUUACCUGGUUAUACCCAGACAGCACAUAACCAGCUGUCACGCUCUGAACAGUGGACACAUCAGCCUCGGUUAGUCAUAGAGGAUCUGUACAAAUUACUGUUACUAUGAGUUUUACAAAAAUGGUUGACAUACCACAACUCCAAUGAUGAAGUGCCAAUAAGUGUGGAACGACAGAGUAAUAAUGUUUGAUAUCUUCAACAGUUAAGCACAUGGCUGAGAUGGGGAAAGCAGUGCUAAAAGAUCAAGGAUUCACUGAUACAGAAGACAUACGGUGGGUUAAGACAGUUGGUGUGUGUUUGGGUUACCUGAACUCAUCAUUGUGGAACAUCUAACACCUAUUUAAAGAGUAGUUUCUGUAAUCACACCAGUAUUUGUGGAUUACUUUUUCUCAAUACAAUAAGAACGAGGAGUAGAACGAAAUAUUGAUGCCGCAAUAUAUAUUGAUGACCUGACUCGUGUGACACAAUUUAGUAUUCUGUGUUCUGAAGUAAACAUGAUAUUGAUAUUGUGUAUUAUAAUAAUAAUCAUACAAAUCCUAAUUCCAUUGAAGUUGGGAAAUUGUGAUAAACGUAUUUAAAACCGAAUACAAUGAUUUGCAAAUCCUUUUCAACCUAUAUUCAAUUAAAUACACUAUAAAGACAAGAUAUUUAAUGUUCAAACUCAUAAACUUUAUUUUUUUUUUUGCAAAUAAUAAUUAACUCAGAAUUUCAUGGCUGCAACACGUGACCAAGUAGUUGGGACAGGGGCAUGUUUACCUCUGUGUUACAUCACCUUUCCUUUUAACAACACUCAAUAAACGUUUGGGAACUGAGGAGACUAAUUGUUGAAGAUUUGAAGGUGGAAUUCUUGCCCAUUCUUGCUUGAUGUACAGCUUCAGUUGUUCAACAGUCCGGGGUCUCCGUUGUCAGAUUUUACGCUUUAUAAUGUGCCACAUAUUUUCAAUGGAGACAGGUCUGGACUGCAGGCAGGCCAGUCGAAUACCCACACUCUUUUACUACGAAGCCACGCUGUUAUAACACUCGCAGAAUGUGGCUUUCUGGAUGUUGUUGAUAAAUGGCUUUCGCUUUGCAUAGUAGAGUUUAAACUUGCACUUACAGAUGUAGCAACGAACUGUAUUUAUAUAUUAUUAUAAUAUUCUAGGCCUGUCGCGAUAAUCAAUAAAUCGCCUUAUCGCUUGGUAAAUAAAAACGAGGUCGAUAACUUUGCCAGCCUCGAUAAUUAACGUGCGUUUGUUUUCCUCCUCUCUCGCUACCAAACACGCUGGAUGAGAGAAGAGGUCUCACUCUGCGCAUUGCUCUCGGCACCUGGGGGCGUUGGCUCUAUAGCGGAAUGAACGGAGUUAGUGAACCCUCCUGUCAGUCAUUCAGUAUCUUUGUCACGGGGGGUGGGGGGCGCGCACAGGCACACGUAGGCGCGCACAGGCACACAGACAGACCUUUGGAUACAGUGCUGCAAGUGAGCGUCGUGAGUGAAAAGCAAGCAAACAGAAUGAACACGACAGCUUUGGUGUCUAAACCGAACGCAACAGCCCAAGUGUGGGAAUAUUUCGGCUUUAAACCAAAUGAAAGAGGUGAGCCCACAAAUACGGACGAGCCGAUACGUCGUAUUUGUUCCAAAAUUGUGGUGACAAAGAAGGGGAAUAUGACGAACAUGCAUGCGCACCUCAAGCACAAUCAUCCCUUCCAUUUUUCCCAACUGAGCAAAAAAAGUACCGCCGGAGGUGCUGCGGAGCCAUCGUCCCGACAGGUACCGCUUACUCAAGCGUUUGGUAAGCAAAGCAAAUAUAAACAAAACAGUGCAAAAUGGUGCGCGCUGACAGACAGCGGAAAUUAAAGUUUAUCACUUUUGACAUGGUGUACUCGCAUUAUUAUGCCAUAUAUUAUCAUUUUCUAUAAUUUAAAAAACGGUGUCAAUAAUAUCGUUUAUCGGCAAUAAUUUGUAGCACAAUUAUAGUCCAGCAAAAUUUGUUAUCGUGACAGGCCUAUAAUAUUCACUAGAAAUAUAAUGCUCUUGGCAAUUUUUAGGUUAGAAAUUUAAAAAAGAAAGUCAAAAUAAAAAAUACAAUGGUUCCCCCUCUUCUGUCCUGAGAAUGCAGGUGCUUCCACUGCCUAAACACUGUUACAUAAAAACAUGUAUUUGUUACACAGUUUAAUACACCGAUAGAACAAUCCAAUGUAUCCAACAAGUGUGUCAGGAUGAAUGAUAUUUUACUAACUGUUUUUCCUCCAUAGGCUGGGGUUCCACCAACCUCCAUACACGUCAAUCGAUCACCUCCAUCUUCAUGUGCUUGCUCCCGCCAGCCAAAUCUCAGAGUAUCAUCACUAUAAGUUCAUCCAAGGGACCUACAGGUUUCUCACUGUGAGUUUUGAAAAUUACCUCUUUCAUGGGAUAUUUAUCAUAAUUAUGACGUCCUUUUUAAAUAACCAUUAGUUUCUUCACAGGAUGAAUAUCUUACCAAGUGUCUUAAAAAAGUAGCUCCACCAGUAAGAGGCCUAGAAAGCUGUUUUUCCUGUUUGAGCAAGCAACGCGAAGAGGAAGUCCCAGACUUUAAAAGAAGAGAAGAAGCAAACCUGUCAGAGAAACCUGAAGCAGAGGAAGCCACACAGAGAGGGAAGAGUGGAGUAAACAAAGCUGCAGCUUCAUUACUUUGAUGUCAAAAGAUAAGAGAAUUGAAAUAUGUAUCUGGACACUAAGUUUUUAAAGACACAUGUAAAACAGCUACAUUUCCCUGCUGUCAAAGGGAAAGCCACAACUGACAAAUCACUUCAGAGAACUGACUUAACACUCCGUCUACAUGAAGUGUGACUUUGGCGUGGAGUAAUGUUGUGUACAGGCACUGAAUUUUAUUAUACGCACAUACAAUAUUGAACUGUAUGUAUUUGAAAUGUUAUGGCUGUGGUCAUAUCUGUGUUUUGAUUGUUUGACUUCUGUACUGACAGCUCUCUCUCUCUCUCUCUCUCUCUCUCUCUCUCUCCUCCCCUCCUCCGCAAUGGCAAUCAGUGUCUGUGUGUGUGUGUGUGUGGGAGAUGAGCUGCAGGUGUGUGUGUGUGUGUGCGUGCUGCCAAUUGUUUCCUGUAACCAUCACCCGAUGCCAACCUCUGCCCCUUGCUCUUGUCAUUUCCAACUAACCAGCAUGCUUUUUUUUGCUGGUUAUAGUUUGUGCAUUUGGGAUUUAGUGGCAGUCGUAGGAGGGAGAAGCCAUUUGUUUUUCUGUCCUGUUUCCUCCUGUUUUUGGUUAGGAGUAACGUUACCCACUGACUGUUGUUUUACAUUUAUUUUAUUACAGGGAAGUUAGGGACCUGUUUUGUGUGUUGUUAUGGCACUGCUCACCUCUGAAGCUUAUAAAACUGCCACUCUGUGAUCUUUGACCUUGAAGUUGGCUGGUUUUCUUGGGAGUGGGAAGAGCGGGGCACUGUUGUGUGUGGCCCUGGUUCCCCCAGGCCAGGGCCAUAACAGAAAGCAUGAAUGUAUAAACAAAAUAUGAAAUUUAUCAUGAUUAAAUUAUUUUGUUCAGACUGAA